AUGUAUUUGAAACAGUAGGGACGGAUCUCAUCAGCAACGAAAACAAAACAAAAUAGCUUUGUCACUUAUUUGUAAUUUGUAAUUAAAUGAAGUUUUUUAUUCUUCAAUUUUUCUCAAUUACACACACUCGCGCAAUUGAGAUUGAAAUUAUGAAUUCUGGAAUCUCUGUCGGUUUCUAACUUGUUCUUAUUUUCUAACCAAUGCCAAAACCUCUUUAAAACAAAUUCCGCAAGCCGCAGAAAUCGGCUGCCGUUGAUACUUGAUACACUAAUUCCAAAGCCAUGAGGAACUCCUCUGUGGUUGGAACAAUGGAUCUUGUUUCGAGUUUAAUGGAGGGACUGUAUCCAUCUCUGGAGCUCUGUCAUGUGACCAUUCAGGAUUGGAUUGUGUUUCAACGCUCACGAUUCGAUCAUAUUGACUCGAACGGUGAGCCGUACAUCUGUCAAGUCUUCCUCAUCCAAAUCCACACAGGUCAAUAUGUUCACAGAGUCCAAGGUCAAAGAGUUGACUAUGGCCUUACCACCGACCCGAAGGCCUUAGAAACCAAGCUGAACCAUGCUUUUCGGUCCACCAAGCCAUGUCCGGGAAUUCCUUUCAAAAUGGAGUCUAAUAAUCCCUUGACCCAAAUCCUAAAUCUUCCUUAUCCCAGACGCGUUUCCAAAACUUGCCUCCAAUACGUUGACAAGAACAUGACACAACCCGAAGGUUUUGAAUUGGCUUGUACUUCUUGUCAGAGAGUGUGCCAAGAUUUGGAAGGUUGUGAAGAUCAGGCAAUCAAAGUGGAAGAUUUGAAUUUGGAGGGAGUUGGUAAUGACAGCGAUGGUGGAAGCAGUAUGGGGUUGUCGUUUUCAUAUCAAUCGGACAAUGAAUUUCCACCUCAAAAGUUGAUUGGGAAAGUAAAACCAAGUACGGAAGAGUCGGGUAUUUCCCACGAGGGUUUGAAUAAUGAAGAACACCAAAAGAAACUACGCCAAAACCGAGCUCGAAUGCAAAGAAAGCGGCGCCUGGAACGCUUGGAAGGUAUCAGUUGUCGAGUGUGUCAGAAAAAGUGUAAAGGUUUUUCCAAAUUAUUGAUCCACACAUCCAAGAAUCAUCCCGCGGAGACAUGUCUAAAAGCCUUAGCCCAAGAUAAAGAGGAAAUCGAUUGCAUGAAAGAGCCAAAGAUGUGUCGGACGUGCCAUCGGUUUUGUAACGGCUGCAUUCUGCUCAACCAACACAAGGAGGUCUACCAUGAACUGGGGGAUUUCAAAUGCGUGGAUUGUCAGGAGCCCAGCCUCACUUUUUACGACUUGAUAUUGCACAGCUAUGAAAAACAUGACAAAGCCAUCGAGCACAAGACACUCCACACCCAAGGCCUUGCUACCAUUACCCAUGAGGAUGGAAAGAUUGAGUACAGACGGGAGCGAUUUGCUUGUCAUUUAUGUGAUGUCAGUUUUUCCACAGAUACGGGGUUGACAUUCCAUUUGCGAUCCAAUCAUUUCUGGGAUCUCUUUGAGUGCAAAGCCUGUGAUUUGAAAUGCCAUUAUGCUCCGGAUAUCAGUGCUCACGUGCUUAAUUUUCACGCCGAAAAUCCAGAGAUAGAGUGUGUUUACUGUGGGGAAAAAAUCGCUCACGACAUGCUGAAGGAGCACCUGGACAAGUGCAAGAAAGAGUACAACUUCAAGAAAAAACAUGCCUUGGAAUAUCAAUGCAAUUAUUGCGGCAAGAAGUAUAUGUCAGGUGGAAUAUUCAAAGCGCAUAUGUUGCAACAUGAAGGUAUUGAGCGCUAUAAAUGCAGUUUUUGUGAUUUCGGGAGCAACAUCAAAAGAACCGUUUUGGAUCACGAAAUGUCGCACCUCCGGCAAAAAGGCCUGACCAACGAGGACACGGAUGUUGUUCUAUUCCAUCAGUGUGAUCAAUGUGGGAAGCAGUUCUCUCAGAAAAAGACUCUACGGCGUCAUUUCCAACGGGUUCAUGAGGGCGUUAAACCUAAAUAUAAAUGCUCGGAUUCGGAUUGCAAGUUCUUUGCCUAUUCAAGCUCCAUGCUUUACAAACACAAGCGAGAGACUCAUGGAUUCGUCACGUCGCCCAAGAAACGUACCCGAUUUGUUUUCACCAAGGUGCAGAAAUGACUCUGUUUGUGAUAUUCGAAUCCUUAAAAGAUAAAUCAAGAAUCAAUGCUGCAUACAAUAA